UCACAGUGUACCUGCAAUUGUGCAAGUCAUGGUUGCCUUGAGAUACUAUGCUACAGGUAAGAUGCAGCUAUGUAGUGGUGACAACUUUGGUCUUCACCAGUCAACGGUUUCAAGAAUAAUUCAAAGAGUUACUACCGCUCUUGUUCAACCAAAUAUUGUCAAGCGAUUCGUUUCCUUUCCAAUGGACCCAGGAACUAUUCGAAAGCACCAGGUUGACUUUUUUGCCAUUGCUGGUUUCCCUGGUGUGGUUGGGGCGAUUGAUGGAACUCAUGUGCGAAUUAUAGCUCCCAGUGAACACGAAGUGGAGUAUGUCAACCGGAAAAACUUUCACAGUAUAAAUGUACAGAUUGUAUGUGAUGCCAGUUAUAAGAUUUUAGACAUCGUGGCAAGCUGGCCGGGAGCGACUCACGAUGCCAGAAUACUGAGGGAGAGUGGUCUAUUUCAGCUCUUUCAACGACGUUUAUUGCCCGUGAAAUGCCAUCUUCUCGGUGAUAGCGGUUAUCCUGGGAAAGACUGGCUGCUGACACCUUUUUUAAAUCCACAAGCUGGUCCACAGUCACGGUACAACAGGUCGCAUAAGUGCACUCGCACCCUUGUUGAGAGAACAAUUGGUCACUUAAAAAGACGGUUCCAUGUUCUUCAUGGAGAAAUACGUCAGCAUCCUCAACGUGCCAGCAAUGUCUUCUAACACCACCACUAUGAUCCGCAAUUGCAAUUAGAUGGUACUCCAAUUAAAGUUGUAAAAAAAAAAUUCAGUUUUUAGGUGUAAUUGUUUUUAUUUUAAAUUUUCUUUCACCGGCAGUGGUGACGUCUCCAUAUGAGUGAAAUAUUCCCGAGAGGGACGUAAAACAAUGUUCAAUCAUAAUAAUCAUUCCUCAUAUAGCAAUGCUCAAAGAGAAAUGUACAAAAGCCCUUGAUAGAAUUAAAGUUGUUGCAAACACAUUUAGUUUGAACUUUGUUUAUUAUGUCAUUUGUUUGAUCGUGAUAAUAAAUUACAUGUUCACUUAAAAUGUUGUUAUUUUAUCAGACACUUCAAUGAUUGUCCAGUAACAAAAACUGAGCUACGUAAUGCCCAGAGCUUUUGCUCGUAUAUUCGGAAUAUAAAUGUCUUGCUGUGGCCUACGAUACAUCGACGACGUUUCAUCUAUUUUAAACAAUACUCACUUUCAUUCAUAUGUUGA